AUGCCAAUGACUUGCUUUGUCUACGAAGGCAAGAGGAAGCGUAUUUAUAGUUUUGAGGUUCUUUUGAAAUCCAAUUCCAAGAUAAAUUAUUGUUGAAGGAUGGAUAGGACCAAUGAGAUAUCAGGUGGUGUGCUGUCUUAGAGUUUACCCCACCUUGUUAAACAAUGGCCAAUAUGAAGCAUCCACUUGCAGCCAUAUGGCACAUAAAUCAAGUGCAACCUAAUUUUAGUUCAUGUAUUGACUGGUAUUCCAUUUUUCUGCUAACAUGCUCUAGACAUGUUUUUUUUUUGUAAUUAUACAGCUAGAAAACGGAUAACUAUAGAUCAUAGACCAUUGCUUAAGUUUAUGGAUAUGCAUUGCAUUACAUUUAUUAUGGGGAGGGAGCCACUGAUCUCCACAUAACUUCCUUACAAUAGACAGAACAUUUUACUGUUUUAGUUAUCAGUGAAAUGGUUGGCAAUUCUGGGACCCUCAUGACUUCCCAGUACUAUUAAUAGUAAUAUUAGGUAGGACAAUAGGAUGUUGUUCAAAAUGUGGUCUUCCCUGUCCUCCAAUUCCAUUAGUAGCAAUCAACUAGAGUUCAUAGUUUAUGUAUCAGAUUCCAAGAAUUGGUAGUUUAACAAUAUGAAGAACCCAUGUGAUAUUUUUUGGCUUGUUUGGAAGAAGAUCAUUACAUUAUAUCAGUUGUGCAAUUAUUAUUAGCCUAUUGGCUGAGAAGUCUCUUCCUGAUGGGGCAGAUAUGUUGGUAUGAGUUCUAAAAUCUCAUGAAAUCCUUGAUAAACACCAUGAAGACAAUAGCAUGUGACAUCUCAUUGGCCCUUGCCUCCCACUGGACCCCAUUAAAUAACAGCUAACACUCCUCCAGCCAUUCAAUUCUGCACAGAUUUUCUUCCACAUAGACUUGUAUAUCUAUCUAUAUAUACUCACUCAUCUUAGCAUUGUCAAGCAAUACAAGUCACUCACAAAAUACGAAUUCAGAUAUUUCUUUCACACACAAGCUACUGCUUUUGUUGUAUUGUUCUUGGUGUGUUGCAACUCAUAACAAUGGGCUUCAUCUUACCUGGUAUUAGAAGGAUCGCUUCCAAGGCUGUUGGAGUCCCAAAAGGCUAUCUUGCAGUCUAUGUUGGAGAGAAAAUGAAGCGGUUUGUGAUCCCCAUUUCAUACUUGAAUCAACCUUCAUUUCAAGAACUACUAAGGCAAGCUGAAGAAAAAUAUGGAUAUGUUCAUCCAAUGGGUGGUCUCACAAUUCCUUGCAGAGAAGACGCUUUCUUAGACCUGACUUCUCGCUUGAAUUGAAUUCAAGGGGACUGACAUAGAUUAGUUGAUGCUAAUUGUAUAGAAGGCACUUUCAUUUUUCUUUUUAUGAUUCUUUUGUAAGCGCAAAAUUCCAUUGAACUGAGAUAGUUAUGAACAGAUUUAUUGGACUAUUUAGUCCAAUUUCAAUGAA